UGCAUCUUCGGAAAAAUGUCUGGGAUGAAUCAGGAGUGGUGACUCCUCCGAGUCAUUUCAUUUCUUUUCUCUUUCUCUCUUUCUCCCUCUCUCUCUCUCUCUCUCCUUCCCCUCCCUCUAUCUCUCUUUCCUUUUCACUUUUUUCGUCUUUUCUUAUUCUUUUUCUCUCGCUCGUCGACCCUCUCCUCCCCACCCCUGCACCUCCUCCCAUCAUCCUCCAGCGUGUGGUUCCGGUUCACGUCGGUCGCUCGAGAUCGAUUCCAACGCGCUUCCUCGAUCGGACAUCCGGUCCACGGCCUGCGAUCAGAGAAGAGGAGAAGGGUGACGUGAGACGGGUACGGUUCCUUUUAGGUCUGGUGCGCGUUUUUCAGCGAAAACGUGGGCGGAGUCGAUGGGUAUCGAUAAAUCGAGGAAAAAUACGCGGUGUGCGUUCCAAAGAAGCAAUUUUAAAUAUAAUCUCUCGAGACAUCAGCGGUACUCUUCGUCGGUGACGCGUACAUUAUUGUUCGUUAUCUCAAUUUUCAAUUUUUUUCAUUUAUGAAUGUAAUUAGGAAAACCUCGGGGAACACGUGGCUCUCGAUCUUAGCUCGAAAAUCUACCUAGUGUAAAAUACAGAUGGUAUGUCUGAACUCUACCGACAAACCUGCACGACAGAUUCUAUGUUGAAAAAUAAGUGAAAACGUCUUAGUAAACAUAAAUCCGCAAAAGCUUGAUUUUUGAGAUAGUCUUCGGAGGAUGACAAGGAUGAAAGGAAAUGUGUCGCGAUAAGCGGGUUAAAAAUGUUAACACGACACUUUUCUCACCUGUUUUUGAAAAUAAUACCUAUCAAUUCUGAUAUUUCUGAAUAUUAGCCGAAGAAUCUUUCAUUGUGACAUUACGUUGUACGCAAUGGUGUUAAAAGUAAGGCAGACGUUUUGAACAAUUUUCACAACAGUGUCUAAUUACUUAUUUAUAAAAUACGAUUUAAUGAGUAAAAUAUAUAUUUUUUUAACCAAGAUAUUACAACAACUAUAUCUCAAAAAUUAAACGUUCAAGAACAUAUAUUUACCAAAACAUUUUCGCUUUUUUUUUUAUAUAGAAUCUAUCGUGUGAGUUUGUCGGUGGAUACGCCCUGUGUAUGAUACAUACAUAUCGACAGACAUAUAAUAUAUAAUAUAUACAUCAUAAGAGAAAGGGGGGAGGGGGGAGGGGGAAGGAUAUUUGACGCACACAUGAGCCACCAAAUGCCUCGUUGAUCAUAAAUCAUUCCUCAGCCUCCACAUUAAAUUCCUCCGCCAUCCCGAGGUCGAUUUUUCCUCAAGAUCCAAGAGAUUGUCGAGGUGUCGGACGGUCGCGGACCGACAUCCCGCAUAUUGAGAGCCCGGCUCCAUUGUGCACGGUCGUCAAUGGACGGACGGAUCGACGGUUGUUUCUUCUGACUCGACAGAAGUCGCUAUUGACGCUCGCGGCCGCUCGCGGCGACAGCGAUUACGCAAAGUGGAGCAAAGUGCAUCGCGCGCAUCGCUAUCGGAUGCGUAUGCAAGGAUGCAAUGUCUAGGUUGGUUACGGUCGCAUCGGCUGCAUGACGUCGUUCCUGUGGUGGCGCGUGGCGAUUUCCUCGGUACCAUUCAUAACAGCGCGACACGUAGCGCGAUAGUGCGUUACGGGUAAUGCAUGUACAUAUACAGAGGAAGCGCAUACUUUACGCGCGCGUGUCAAGUCGCUGAUAAGGCCGCUUGUUGAAUUCCGUACGCGGACGAUAAUCCUAACCUGUGGCCCGCUCGGGCAUAUUUCUUCACGUACCGAGUCACAUAGAGAGACGACGAUACGCUCUCUCUCUCUCUCUCUCUCUCGGCAUUCAGCGUUUAUUUAUUCAAACACGAUUAACAGAUAUUCCGGGCGAUAAUCGACAAUAAUAUUGUGCGCGUCGUAUUUAUCUUGCACGGCGCGGCUGCUGUAUUUUAUUUUGACUCUCCAUUAUCGCUAUAUUAUUUUUACCGUGUAUUAUUUUGUUCAUCAUUAUAGUAUCUACGAGUUUUAUUCCAACGUAUCACACUGGGAUCGGCGCUCCGUGAUAAUUAUACGCUAUCCUCUCUCUACUUUUCACAUUGUUACAUCGCGCGCGUCCGUCGAAAUGAGUACGCUUUCAAACACAGCGGUCUAUUAACUUCAUUCAUACCUUCCCACCGCGUUUUCGUGACUCUUAUGAAAUCGAGUUUUGAGGUCGCAUUUAUGACAUCAUCCACGUGGAAAGUGAACAGCAAUGACGCGACGAGCCGUCGUUUUCAGGAUUCGCAGGAAUCAAAAGAUUAUUGCGCAGCGCGGCUCGUCACGCCGGCGCUUCAUUCCGCGACGCGGUGAUCACGGUGCGUACGUUCUUGGAAAUGCGAAAUCUCUUCAUAACUCGGCUUAGAUCCGAUUACAUCUUGCAUGUAUAAAAUAUUUUCUAUUUCUUUCUAUAACGCAUAAUGCGACCACGUUGAACCGCGCGCUGACCUUUGCAAUCGCUAUCGGCUAUUUUCGACUUUUAGCGACCAGAUCGUAAAUCCGCGAUUAGAUGCCGAGAGAAACGACAAUGAGAGAGGCGACAAAGCCGCGGAGAGCCACAAUCCGUUUCAGAAUCGCCGAAAUCGACCGCAACUCUCGUCGUUUUUAUGCAAAAGAAGGAGGAAAAAAAGAAACAAGUACAUUUAUCUCGCGUCUCAUGUAUCACGGGCUUGCGGACAACCAAAUCUCGAGGCCCUCACGUGUAUGCUCUAUUAAAAUGUCGCGAUUCAACGAUGAAAUUGAAUUAUCUCCCUUUUUCGUUCUAUUAAAACACGCGGAAUCCCAUCGUCCUCUCUUUUUCCCCGCGGAGUUAUUUCUCAAUUUCACCAUCUGGCUUCCCUUUUGUCGUCCGCUCAAAAGCGUCCAUUCAACUCUGACAUUUGUCGCCGGCGCACGAAAGUCAGCUGAUUUACAGUUUUCGCGAAUCGCCGGCAGCUUUAUUCGGCCUGCCCGCGGUAUGUACGUGCACGCAUGUGUGUGUGUGUGUUUCCACCGGUGCACGCCGGUCCUUGAAAUGAAUUACGUCGACCGUUACGCGACGCAUUCCUCGAGAUCUCCCGGUUGCAUCUCCCGGGCCGCAAUCGCGGCCGAGGGUGGUCGUUCGGUUCCCGAGCGUACGAUUCGCCCGACUUUCCUCUCGGCUCUCGUAAUUAGCCCUCGUUACGUCUACAUACGGAAGCUGCGCCCUUUCGCCUCCGAACGCUCGCUCGCGCGACCUGGGGACUUUGCCGGCGAUUUCGCGCUCUCGCUUUUGACAUUUUCGUAACGACUCGGUGAUGACAGCGCGGGAGAACGCGCGUGGGUGUGUUGGCGCUUCGUCGUCGAUCGUCUUCGCGACUCCUCGCGUGCUACUUGGUCUUUCGGAUGCGCACGGUUCGCCUCGACAGGUCUCUCAUAAUAAUCCAGCAGAAAAGCGCGACGGAGAAAGGCGCGACUUAAUUUCUGAAAUUAUCGUCACCGCGCGUUUUCGCGCUCGCGCGAAGAUGCUGUGUACAAAAAAUUCGUCAACAAGAGAGACUCGUCUACAAUUGUGAAAAAUUAUAGAUUAUUAUAGAUUUCGGAAAAAAAAUCUCUCUUCCCCAUUUUUCCGCGGAUAUUCUCUUGUUGCCCACCCUGCGGCAAGUUUUAACCAAACACACGCGAAUUUUUCUCAACGAAUUUUUGUAUCCUUAGGAGAGAAACCGAGGAAAUCCGCGGAAAAAUUGAGCAAAAAUUCGGUUUUCGCCCGAAAUUUUAAGACUAUGGACUUAGCAACAGGUCAUUGUCAAUCACAAUAAGAAAAUGUCCUUUCUGCCGAAGAAAAGAAAUGCCGACGUUCCGUUUAUUCAUUAAUUAUCAACGGAGACGAAAAUCGAUAGCUGGACGUCAACACGGAGCCACCGUGUCGAAUUUUCCGCUGCCGCAACGCUACGAGACGAAAUAUAUAUUCCCCUGGACGUCACAGGCAAACGUUAUCAGACGCAGGAUAACGCGCCGGAGUGACAUCAUCGGUUCCGUCGGUGCGCGUAACAGACGGAUAACGUGGAAACAACAGAUACGCCUGCAGAUAUUGUGUGGCGCAUCAAAGCAACCGCGUGCUUUGCGUAAUUUCCAGUCAUUCACAGCCAGAGAGGCCCAAUAAACACCUAGCCGCCGCGAUCGCCACGAUCGCCACGUACGCCGGCCACGAGCUUCGGUAUAUACAUACGUGUGCCUUGAUCAUUUUUCGAAAUCUCGCAUGAAUAAUUAACGCGUCUUCGAAACGCGUCUCUGCACGCGCGCCGCUCUGCCUGCCGCCAAGACGGAUAGGCCGUUCACCUCGUUUCGGUGUCGUGCAAAGGUUCGAUCGGGAGAUCGUCUAGCCGGCGAGCAGUCCCUUUAUUAAUCUUCGUGUCGAACGUGCGCAACCUUUCUCGCGAGCCUCCACGGCCAUGCACCGACAUUUACGUCGUGUCAUUCAUGUGACGCGGCAUCGCGAGCGCGCGGACCGUAGAAUGCGCACGAUCCCUCGGAAGGCGGUUUGUCCUCGAGCGCGGCUGAAAGGACUCAAGACACGAGCGCGCGUGCCGCUCGUCCUGUUUCGUUCUUAUUAUCGGAUACCGUUUAUACCGGUAUCGAUACAGCUGUUUUCGACGGUAGGAAAGGUGGAAUAUGGGCGAGCGGGGAAAGGAGGAGCUUGUAACCGAACAUGUGGAAACCAAACUAACGGGACCAGUAAAGAUUGAAAGAUUAAGGGUGACUUUCACCGAACACUAUAAUUAGUCUAACCGACCGGGUAGCCGUAUGUCACCUGCUCUGCUUUGUAGAUAGAAAUCAUCAUCAUCAGCUCUUGCUGGUGUGGAUAGAAAUUAUUAAUUUUUUCUAUUAUCGUGGACUAUCUCGAAGCUCUCGUCUCGUCUCGUAAAAAAGAUAAAAUAUUGCGAGCGGGAAGAGGGAGAAUUUGUAACCGAACGAAAAUCAGACUAACGGGACCGAUGGGACUAGUGAAAUUGAAAGAUCCAGAGUGACUUUCACCAAACUCGAAUUAAUCUAAGCGACAAUCUGGCGUUGCUCAGUCGAAAUAUUGCUAAGAUAUGACUAAUAAUAUAAAAUAUAUAAGAUAUCAUUAUUCAUAUAUUUAUAUUAAUAUCUCCAUUAAAACGGCAUAACCUGCAUUUAUAUAAUUAUUAAUAACAAUAACCGAAAGAUUAAUAAUUUUUCUUAAUAAUUUUCCUCAAUUAUUUUUUCCUUAAUUAUUAAUUUUUUUGGCUAGUGUUGAACAUCGAGUUAUAUUCACAGAUGAAAAUAAAUGAUUUAAUAACUGCGCUUGUUAUUCACUGAUUCGCUACAUUGUAGUUUGGUGAAAGCCACCCCGACAGAGAUCCGCGAUUUUCCCCCACCGAUCGAUCGCGAUAGACAAUUGCGAUCCUCGGCACGACUAAAUGCAUACAAAUUGACUGCAGAUUCCGUCCUUCUCGAGGAAAGAAAUCUCUCGACGAAUUCGGUCAAUGCGACGAGCGAACGAGUGAAACUAUUAUCCUCGCGGACUUAAUCGAUCUCACGUCGCUGACAUAUUUCGAUAUCGCAGACGCGCCGGGAACGCGCGCGAUUGAGACGUAAAUCCCGCUGAAAAAUUCUAAUUAAGAUCGCGCGCUCGGCUAUUCGAAUCGUCGGGGUGUAGCGGGGAGCGGCCACCUCGGGGAGAAAAAGGAGAGAUAGAGCCGUGAUCUUCCAAGGGAACAGUGCGCGCGAUGUGAUCCUCGGCUGUCCGCCGUUUAACAGGUGAUAAUGUAUAGCACACCGUGUGUAUUAGAAACUCGGAAGGGAUCGAGCGAGCGAGCGAGCUCACCGAAUCCCGCUCUAACCGCGCAAUUUGUCGGGCCUUCAAGACGACCGAUGGUGCGCACGAUGCCUCGCGCUAGUCACGUCUUCGCUUAUACGCACAACAUUGGACGAAAACCUAAGACGCGUCGUGAAUUAAUGAGCCCGCUUGUGCAACAGCGCCGAAUGAAUCAUUCUCGAGCGCGCUGGGGCCGAUACGUGAAAAAAAAAGCUUCAGCCAAAUAUAAAAUUACGCGAUUUUGCUCUCGCAGAGCGUGCGGCAAGCGCGAAAUGACGCGAACGGCGCAAAAGAACGCGCGCGUGUUUGUACAAGGAUGAUAAAUUAAAAUUGAUCGAACGGCGCGAUUAAAUAAUAUUCCGUCCGGUUCGCGUAAAUACACAUACACGGCCGACGCUUUUUGCUCGUUAAUAUUUGGCUCUCUUUGGCUUUCUGAAAAUACAGCCGUCAGCCUGGUCAUUCGCUUUUUAUUUUUUCAUUUCCGCUCUUACCUUUCCGGCCUUUUAUUUCUUUUCUCUCCUCAAAUUUUGUAAACGCACUUGGCGGGGAUUAAAAUUUGCAUUUUUUUCAAUUACUCCAACCAUUGCGUGCCGAUGGCUCGUCAUUGACGGCGUGAAAAUUGCUCGAUAACUCUGUUUUAACUCUCUAAAAUACGAGCGAGAUAAUAGAAAAAUAAAUAUACAAAGGAAUUCGUACUGAUGCAAUUAAGCGGCGUCGCGAAAUAACGCGUAAAAAUCGAACGAAUGACGCAAGGCUGUUAGAGAACAGUUUCUUUUUUUAUUAUUGGCACUAAUGCCAGAGAUGUUCGACGAGGACGUCGAGGCGGGGGAAAAGGAAAGGCGUUCCUCCUCGGCGGAGACGAUGCGCCUCUCGGCGUGAUGCAUAAUCCAACGUAAAAACGCGGAGGCUACGGCGCGACCGUUGAAACAUUUCAGGCCGACUGGAGGAGACUAUCGGCGACGGUUAAAGUCAUAAUUUGCAUUCCGAUGGGUGGUAGCCUCGUCUCCCAUGGAAUUGCUCGGUUGGGGACGCACACGGAUGAGUACGCGCGCGAACAAAUCGUCGGCGCGAGACUCAACUGAGAGAGGAUGAGACGGUCACGCAAGUAGCGCGUGCACUCCUGCGGAGAUCGUGUGGGUACGCGUCGCAUGUACGUGCACGUGUAUCCGCGUGUACGCAGGAUCGGGUUAACGAAGCGACGAAGAUUACGCGAGAGAGCCGCCGCGGUCUCUCGUAAUCGUGCACUGCCGGCUGGGAUUUCGGUAAACCGAGAAAGGAGCGAAGGACCGAGCGAACGAGCAGGAUCAGGUCGCGUCCUGCUUCGAAAAAAUCCGACUGUCGCAUCGAGCCACCUUGAUUUCAACGCUAGAAACGCCGAGAAGACGAAAAGACGAUAUGUUUCUUAUAUUAUGCAAAUUUCGGUAAACCAAAUAUAUGUUCUUUUUCCGUUUCUUUACUUUCUUCAAGUACGAAUUUAAGGUUAAUUUAAGGUCAAAAGAAAAUGAUUUAAUUUUACACAUAAAUAUGAAAUCUGUCGAUUAUAUGGCAGUAAUUUCUCUUUUUCCAGUUGUGGAAUUUUGUGGCAAAUAUUCAUUCGCAGCAAUGUUCGUUAUAUUUUUUGUCGACAAUGUUCAAAUUGAAAGAAAUAGAAUGGGCUGCACUUGGCAGAAAAAGUAGCAGAGAAAACCCGCUUUGCGGCGCGCUGGUGAUGUUUCGCUGAACAACACUUUGGGACAUGUUUUCAAAAUAGUCCAGCGUGUUAAAAAUAUGCUGAAAAUAGCGACCUAGUGUUAACGGAAAGUCUUACAACAGUCACAAACAGUCACAAACGUUUAUUAAGCUGCUUUAUCUAUCUGAACCUCUGCGUAAUCAUUUUGCGCAGCCACUGAAUGUACAUGUUUUCCUGAUCAAAUUAACGAUGUUUUUGUGUUUUGACAUUAUUGAUUAAUUCUCAGAUUAAUAGCGAACAUUUCCGGCCAAUAAUGAGUCGAAUCUGACUCAGUGAAACGUCACAAGAUGAUAAAAAGUGACGGAGCAGCCGCGAUCCGACAGCAGCCACGUAACACACGACACGCCGAUUGACUUCGCUUCGUCAAGUAAAUGCAACCCGGCGGUCGAGUAAAGAUUUCGAGAUGUUCCUGUUAUGCGGACGUUCAAUUGCAAUUGCUAUGGAAUGAUAAAUUCAUACAACAAUCCCCUCUACAACAAUAAUAAUAAUAAUAAUAACGCAUAAUAAGCGUGGUAAACACGUACAAUAAUAAAAUAAUAAUAACAAUACAUUUUGUACAACACACACACAAAUAUUUAUACUGUUACUUCACGUACACAUUACUAUUAUUAUCAUCAUUCGAUUGCUAUCAUUAUACCGCGUAAUCAUCGAUACGAGAGAGACGACCAUCUCAAACGUCCUCGCCGUUUCCUUCAACGAACGACGAGGAUGGCGGCUCUGCGCGGUGGAUCACCGGCUGUUUUCAUAUUCCCGCGAAACAACAACAACAACGAUCGCUAAUAAUACGUUGGAUAAGCAGUUAAUAAUCGGCCCGCGAGAAAUAAACGCACAAUCAGCGCGACACGGAGCUUUCCGGCACACCCAUUAAUCAUAGAUCAUCAUCGCGGAUCGAAAUAGCAUCGGAGGCGAACCAAAAGAGAGAGAGAGAGAGAGAGAGGCCCGAGCAUCGCGUUCCGGGAUCGGGUUCCGAUUCACGUACGCCCCUGACGACGAUCGUGUGCAGGCGUAUUACAUGUAAUACAAAACCGCAGGCACUCCGCAGGCGUGACGUAGCGCGGGCCCCAUAGAGGCCGAGUUACAUGCCACGGUGUCAUAAUGCGCGCGUCCUUUGGAGCGGAGCCGUUGCUUCUCUCGGCGCGAGUUGCGCAAUCGCGUUUAAUAACGUCGGACAGGCAGCGGCACGGUGCCGCGCGAUUGCCGUGCUCGCUCGCUCGCUCGCGGACACUUAUGACACUUCAGCGGAUUUUCACGGCGAGUGGACGGGGCCGAAUAAAUUCAGCCGACGAAUUCGCGAACGAAAACGGCAACGUCGCGAAAUUAUCUCGAGUUAAGCCCGCGAUUAAACGAGCGUUAGUGCUCUCGCACGGCCGGCGCACACCUGUGUAGGUGUGCCACUGUAUUAGAGGUGCGGCGUUGCCACACAGCUCUUCUCAGGUCACGCGGAGAUGACCGUAGAGGGAAAACUUUUUUACAGCCGGUUAUUUACAGUCAAAUUGAUGGAGAUAUUUAUUUAACUUCGCGUCGACACGAAUCUUGCGUGAACAAAAAGACGAGACACCGGCCGGUUCAUCGAUCUGUCGCGGUGAAGCUUAGGUUUAGCAACAGAGUGCGUCGGCUGUACUACGUUUCCUAUUAACCGAAAUUGUACUAACGAAAUUGAGAGGACGACAUUGUGCAAAUGUAAUCUGGAAAGUUGCAAGUAAAAAAUCGGAUGCUUUCAGAACUUUUAUGCCACACGCAAUGAAAAAAAAAUCAAAGGUGAACGAAGCGUCAGCCUCGCGCGAAGGCAAUGGAGGGAUAAGCCGGCGACAAGAUUCCCACCCUUCCUCGGCCCUCUGACCGCGCGUCGUCGCGGGAUCAUUUAUCUUUUCUGAUUUUCCUGCAAGGAUCUCUCUCUCUCUCUCUCUCUCUCUAUCUCGAUCUCGUAAGUUCACCCGGGAACGAUGGCUUCGCGACGCCGGUUUCGUCGCGUUCGUCGCCGAUUACGCGCGCCGCGCGAGUCCUGCCGCGCGCGUCCCUCACGCCUAAUAUCGUUGCAUAAUCUGCGAAGUGCAAUGUAAGAUCCACACGUGCAAUUACCGCUCGCGCGCGUCGGUCCCGAUCGCUAAAGACAUUUUUACGACGCGUCCAAGUCAUUUCUCACCACGCAGAGAGGCGGCGGAGAACCCUGCGGGAGCUACGCAAGUAAUUUCACCUAUUGGUCAAUUCGUUUAAUUUCACCCGCUUAAGCGCGGACACGUGUUCCGAGCCGCGGAUCACCGGCUAUUUAUACACCAAUUUUCAUUCCGAUUUGCGUUGCAGGUAAUUGUUGAUAAUUUACAGUCGGCCGCUCGGAAGCCCCCCUCGAGGGCGCGCGAUAACAACACAAUAACCGAUCGGGGGGUAAAAAAUAUCAAGGCACACAUUAUGCACCAUUAUGUACGAAUAGUUGGGUGCACGGCAUUAUUAUAAUUACGCUCCGUGACGUCGGAUUUCUACACUCGUGAACUCCCGGUCACCGGUUCGAAAAUCGAGGAAAGAAAGCCGGAAAAAGCCGUUCCCGCCGGGUCCCUGCGGGGCUCCGAGUGAAAAUUGUCACUUAAGCUUACAUCGGGGAUUUUCCUUCUCUCUCUCUCUCGCUCUCUUUUUUUUUUUUACGUUAUUCCAAUGAGAGGUCGCGCGUAUGCAAAGCGAAAGCCGGACAGGAAACGAGGUGUAGCCCCGAUCGUACGUUACACGAGGACGUAUCACGCUCAGGAGAGAAAUUUAUAUUUAAACGUGAUCCCUCGUCCUGCCGAAUUAUCAUAAACCAUCUCGUCCCAGAUUAUCCGAUUUAUUCGGCCGCUCGGAUACUCGUUAAAUGUCCUUCAGAUUACCCCUAUGGCGUGGCGUAAUCGGUGAUAUUCAGGCGCAUCGCGCCGCAUCAUCCGCCACGCGAGAGGGUUGAACCGAGAAGAGAAGGCGGACUUCACGAGAUGUGCGAAUAUAUAUCCGUUAAGAUAAUAAACAACCGCGCGGAUCGCGGUUAUCUGCGCGGCGACGGCGACCAGCUUGACGAUCGAAAAGAGAGAAAAGAUACCGGCCGCGCUCUCGUGUAAAGCGCUUUUAAUAACUGGUUUCGCGAUAUCCUGCUUACGACGGCAGCUUCGGCGUAAAUAUCUGAUGCACUUUGCCAGGCGAAUUAUGCAUUUUGUUUUCCUCCUUUCUAACACCUCGCGAAUCGAUUUGCGCGACUCUGCCGUUUAUUAUGCGCGUCCUCGUGUAAUCGAUCCCAGCCUCCGUCCGAAACUUUAAUUAAUUAAGCGACGCUUAUUUGACCAGCAGAGAGAAAGAGAGGGAGUGAGAGGACGGACUCGUAAAAAAUUAUCACGGGGAAACGAAUCGCGCGAAGAUGAUGAUUAGAAGACGCCGGGUGUGAUUUGUUCAAGCACCAACAUUUCCAGAGGCUGAAUUAUAUUUCGUUUUUUAAUAGGGCGUUUUAUCGAAAUAAAUGAAGCUGCAUGUUUCGGAUUUUUCCCGAAUAAAAAUGUGUAUAAUCGACCUGAGUCGAAAGCUAGCUGGUACAGGUUAGAUUAAAUUUUCUAGCUCGUUAUUAGUUCAUUACUGGUUGAUCGUUCACUAAAAUGUAUAGGGUGAGGCAAAAAAAGAACGAUAGCGAUGUCUAUUCUAAAACAUAUAAUCUAGUUGCUCGCCACUAGUGUUUAAAAAUGAAAUAGUAAAUAAAAAUUAAGAGUACUUUAUUCCAGAAAAAUCUCAAAGAAAACAGAAAGAAGAAUUUACACAUUACCUGGCAACAAUGGCAAUUAGUUACGAUUUUUCAUCUCGUAACUACAAGUUCUUCUGUUUAACAACUAACUUAUUUAUAACCAAUAUCGAAUUACUAGAAGAAGUAGGUGUUACUUUACCGGCUAGCAGCGACGUUGUAUACAAAUUUAUUUGACACUCAGGAAAUUUAAUUUCUGCUAGGAUUAGUUAUGAUACAUACUCCUCUAUGAUUCAGGUCGCAUUAUGUAAUCAACAAGUACAUAAAAUCCAAUGGAUUUUGACGUGAUUCUGCACUGGCGAUGUUUCCGUGAGAAUAAUUUAACGCCUACAGGAAACAUCCGUAUGUCUUCGUGUCCGCGUUAUCUUUAGCCAUCUUGCGGCUCGGCCGUCACAACAUCAAACAUUCCCAUCUUUUAAUCUGCCGAUCGUAAGCGCCUAAUUUACAUGCCGCAGCGCGUCGACUAAAAAUUGUUAAUUAGCAGGAGGCUCGCGCUUAUAAAUCAUUGUACGCGAUAGCAAUCGUGCGUCGCGAUUACCAUCUUUACGGUUUCAGGUACGCCCGAGGCGGAUUACGCAAGCGUAAUUGUCAAUUAUUACAGAUCAAAACGCGGCAGACGCGCGAACAAAGGCGACAAAGGCGAUAUUUCAUCCUAGGCUCGGCUCCUAAGCGGCGAUUAUCCAAUAAAUAAUACCGGCAGACCGUGCUCAUGCUACGCGCACUCGUUAGUAAACUUGACCCUCCGCAAUUGCCAGCUUGCUCGAGCCUACGUCGAAUUGAAGCGAUUAAUCGUUUCCGGAAAUUGUUUAUUAGAGGCGGACGCGCGCGUUUGUUGACUCGCGACCGAAUGAAUAAUUGCGAGCGCAUAAUUACUAUAUAUUUAUUUCGACAGCGGCGGGGACCAAUUUGGACGAAGAACGAGAAAAUCAAACAGAUCCAGCGAAAGUCCGAUUAAAUGAUGUUCCAAUCACGCUUCAAAUAAAAUCUUUCAAAUAAAAUCUUACUUUCUUACUAUAAAGUAAUUCGAUUGCACGGGACGCCGAGAAAUGCGAGAAAUGUAGCCGAGAAGAAGUGAGUGCGCCUUAAAAAUAUAAAUAAUAAUUGUACAAUCAAAUUUUUCGUCAACCUGACAGAAGAUUUCUCUCCGUUGGGAAUAAAGUUUCGCGAGAAGAAUGUUAUUUCGAUAUUUUCGUUUAAAUGACUCGCGAAGCAUCGGAUGCUCAAGAUCGUAUUUACGGACUUUGCAUUGUAUUUCUGCGAAUAAAGUAUUAUCGCAAAUUAUUCUGAGAAAACUACCCAUCGCGAAAACACUCGAAUCUCCGUAAAAAAACUCAUUUAUUUAUCUCGGAGUAUGCCGCGAGAGAGGGAGAAUGUGGAAUCAAGAGUAAAUUCGGAGUCGCAUUGUUUCCUGAGGAAUCUCAUUUUACAAACGCUUAGAUUAUAUUCCGAUUAACCAGGGCGGAGCAGGUGACACGCAAAAAAUGCUGCUAAAUCUUUGUUCAGUUGGAAGGCUGCGGCGUAAAGAUGGGUCAACCUUUCGCCUUGCGAUUAUGUAAGGCCUCGGACUGACUGACCUUUAGAGUCCUCUGUACCCAUAGUUACCAUUAUCGACACGUAAAGCCGCUCACAACGAGCCGCAUUACCGACCGGUGCGACCGCCAGCGUGUGUUUACGAGAACAUUUUGUGCACUACCACGUGCGAGACACGUUAUUGCAAUUAGUGCCGAACGUCAUUGCCCGAGUUUCCGGAUAACAGGUGUCAAUAAUAAUCACUGAACACUUGCACGUUCCAAAGGAUGUUGGAGUCGACCAUUCAAGCAUUAGCAAGUGGUAGAGUAAUUUUGGCCAGUGGAUCUCCAAGGCGACAUGACAUAAUGAGAUAUUUGCGAAUAAAUGCAGAUAUAGUGCCUUCCUUGUAUGAUGAGAACCUUGAUAGGUCCAAAUACAACAAUCAUUGGGAAUACGUUCAGGAUAUAGCCAAGUACAAGGUGCUUGAGGUGUAUGAGCGAUUAAAAGCAGACUCAGUGCCACCCUCAUUGAUAAUUGGAGCUGAUACAAUGGUAACGAUGGGUGAUACUAUUUAUGGCAAGCCACAGAAUGAGGCGGAGGCUUUUCAAAUGUUAUCUAGUCUGGCGAAUAAGCAGCAUGUCGUGUACACCGGUGUAUGCUUGAAGACACCAAAGAGCCAAAUUCAGUUCUACGAAUCGGCAAAAGUCAAAUUUGGAGAUAUAUCUGAAAAACAAAUAAGAGAAUACAUAAAAACAGGUGAUUCUAUGGAUAAAGCAGGAGGAUACGGGCUCCAAGGGAUGGGGGGCUGUCUGAUUGAGAAAAUAGAUGGUGAUUAUUAUACUAUAACGGGUCUGCCGCUAUAUUCAUUAUCCAGACGACUGAAUCAGAUGUUUUCUAGUGUUUAAUGGGAGCAUUAUGUUAAGCUUGACAGUACCUGAAGGACAACUAUUGUACUAUCGUUUCUACGUGAAUAAAUGUUUUCAC